ACCAGAUUUCUGUUAUUAUCCAUCAAACUAAUCCGAUCGCUCGCUUUUAAUCUAUAACCGCCAGUGCAACGCCGCGCUGUGCGUUAGCAUUCCGUUUGCCGGUUAGCCUGCCAUUUGCGUUCCCACUCACGUCUCUAUCCACGUCUACUACCGCUUUCCUUUCUUCCCUCGCUCUCGUUGAUCGCUCGUUUUUAUUCUACAACCGCGAGUGCAGCGUGUUUGUAGUGUGUUAGCCGGUUAGCUUGCCAUUCACUUUUAAUUUUUCUCUACGCCUUUUUCUACACAAGUUCAUCAGACAACAGUGGUGAGUUGAAAUCAUUCUACAUCUACGGUGAGUAAUGGCUUCUUCUCCUUUCCUGGUAACCUGCAUCACCUGUCAUAUGUAUAGUUUAUCAAUCUCUGUCGGCAGCGAGGGAUUCACAUGUGAUAAAUGCAGGGAAAUAGUUAGGCUGACAGAGAAGAUUUCAGAACUAGAGACACGCAUCCAAACUUUAAUCGAGGAUAGUAAGAAUGUGAGGGCAUUAGAUACGGCUUUGGAUGCGACUAGCUUAGGAAGUCCCGUACAUUGUUCGGUUCCGGUAACUUCGCCUUUGCAGCAGGGCAACUGGGUGACUGUGAGACGGCAUAGUCGCGGGUCAAAACACCGCUCUUCCGUUCCGAUCAGAACAUCAAACAGGUUCUCCCCACUCAGUGACGCACCCACUGAGAAACCUGAUCAAAGUGCUCUAGUUAUUGGCGAUUCUAUUGUACGGAACGUGAAAAUAGAGACACCAGCCACCAUAGUCCAGUGUUUACCGGGAGCCAGAGCGCCUGACAUCUUGGCAAAUUUAAAAGUGCUGGCUAAUGCUAAACGUAAAUUCAGUAAGAUCGUUAUUCACGUCGGCACAAAUGAUGUUCGACUUCGCCAGUCGGAGAUCACUAAAAAUAAUGUUAAAGAGGUGUGUGAACUUGCAAGUACGAUGUCAGACACUGUAAUUUGCUCUGGCCCCCUCCCUGCGUAUCGUGGUGACGAGAUACAUAGCAGACUGUCGUCACUAAAUGGCUGGAUGUCUAAGUGGUGCCCGCAGAAUAACAUAGGUUUCAUAGACAAUUGGACAAGUUUUUGGGGCAGACCUGACCUGUUGAAAAGAGAUGGUCUUCAUCCCUCCAGGGGUGGUGCUGCUCUUCUCUCUAGUAAUAUGGCAUAUAGUCUUAGAGUUUGCACUUGACUAACUGGGGCCCAGGUCAGGAAGCAGACAGACUGGCUAAUCCGACCGUCUGCUAGCCGCCUCACGUCACCAGAAUCAGUUAAUUCUCAGCACAUAGAGACCCUUUCACCUAGAUAUCAUGCUAUAGAGACUGUGUCUGUUCCCGAGCUAGACAAUACAAAAGACGUCCAAACCAAUUUAAGAGUAACAAUCUAAUCAACGUUCAACAAAUAAAAAACUUACAUAAUACAGAGAAACAAAUGAUAAAACUUGGCCUUUUGAAUAUCAGGUCCCUCUCUACAAAAGCGCUUUUUGUAAAUGAUAUGAUCAUUGAUCAUAAUCUAGAUGUGCUAUGUUUGACAGAAACCUGGCUAAAAUCAGAUGAUUACAUUAUCUUAAACGAGUCUACUCCUCAUGAUUACUGUUAUAAACAUGAGCCACGUCUAAAAGGUAAAGGGGGAGGUGUUUCUACAAUUUAUAGCAAUAUUUUUAGUGUUUCACAGAGAGCGGAUUUCAAGUAUAACUCAUUUGAAGUAAUGGUGCUUCAUAUAACAUUAUCCAGAGAAACAAUUGUUAAUGAUAAAUCCCCUAUGACGUUUGUACUUGCUACUGUAUACAGGCCACCAGGGCACCAUACAGAUUUUCUUCAAGAAUUUGCUGAUUUUAUAUCUGAGCUGGUGUUGGCUACAGAUAAGGUCUUAAUAGUAGGUGACUUUAACAUCCAUGUUGAUAUUGAAAAUGAUGCGCUGGCAGCUGCAUUUACAGACAUUCUAAAUUCUAUUGGAGUUAGACAACACGUGUCAGGUCCCACUCAUUGUCGAAAUCAUACUCUAGACUUAAUACUGUCACAUGGAAUUGAUGUCAAUGCCGUUGAGAUUCUGCAGCAAAGUGAUGAUAUCUCUGAUCAUUAUCUAGUCUCGUGUAUUCUCCAGAUGACUAAAACUGUAAAUUCAACUCCUUAUUACAAGUAUGGUAGAACCAUCACUUCUACUACAAAAGAUUGCUUUCUAAGUAAUCUUCCUGACUUAUCUGAAUUCCUCAGCAUGUCCAAUAGCUCAGAAAAACUUGAUGAUGUAACAGAAACUAUUGACUCUCUCUUUUCCAGGACUCUAGAUACGGUCGCUCCUCUGCGCCUAAGGAAGAUUAAGGAAAAUAGUCCGACCCCGUGGUAUAACGAGCACACUCGCGCCCUAAAGAGAGCAGCCCGGAAAAUGGAGCGCAGCUGGAGGAAAACAAAAUUAGAGGUUUUUCGUACUGCUUGGCGGGAAUGUACCCUAUCGUACAGAAAAGCGUUAAAAUCGGCCAGAUCUGACUACUUUUCGACUCUUUUAGAAGAAAACAAACAUAACCCUAGGUAUUUAUUCAAUACAGUGGCUAAGUUAACAAAAAAUAAAGAACCAACAGGCACUGACUAUGCCCAUCAGCAUAGCAGUAAUGACUUUAUGAACUACUUUACUUCUAAGAUCGAUACAAUUAGAGACAAAAUUGUCACUAUGCAGCCGUCAAUUACAGUGUCGCAUCAGAUAGUGCGCUAUAGAUCUCCUGGGGAACAAUUCAACUCAUUCUCUACUAUAGGUCAGGAAGAAUUGUAUAAACUUGUUAAAUCAUCUAAACCAACAACUUGUAUGCUAGACCCUAUUCCAUCUAGGCUACUAAAAGAGAUGCUUCCAGAUCUCAUAGAUCCUC